AUGUUGGAGGAGAAGAGCUGGAAAGGCGUUGGCGAAGCAGCUCUUGACAGGGGGUGUGUGGCUCCCCCCAGGACCAGCGAUGGGGAGAGAUGCUGCCGCCUCCCUCUCCUGCUGGGCUCGGGGCUGCCCGGCGUCUCCCUGCUUUCUCUGGUGCUGAGCCUCCUGCUGUACUUUCGGACCUCCGAUCUGCAGUCCCGGGUGUCCCACUUGGAAGCAGACCGACCCACACAGCUCCCUGCCUGGCUCUCAGCAGACCAAAUGGAGACAGCUAUUUUGGGAAGAGUUGACCAACUGCUUGAUGAGAAACUAAAGUUCCACUUACCGAGACAUCGAGAAGUUCGAGAGACACACCAGCGAUGCAACUGCCCGGCAGGGACACCGGGCCUUACAGGAAGACCAGGGCUCCCAGGAGACAAAGGUGCCAUGGGGAUCCCUGGGCGGCCGGGACUGAAAGGGCAACCCGGAGAGAAGGGUGCUCCAGGAGAAGCGGGCAUGUCUAUCAUCGGGCCCCGUGGUCCACCCGGACAGCCUGGAACAAGAGGUUUUCCUGGAUUCCCGGGCCCUAUUGGCUUGGACGGCAAACCGGGUCAUCCUGGACAGAAGGGGGAGAUGGGUGCUGCAGGUCCCAGAGGACAACCCGGACCCCCAGGACAAAAAGGAGAAAAGGGUCAGUGUGCAGAGUACCCGCACAGGCUGUUGCCUCUCCUCAAUUCAGUGCGGCUGGCUCCACCUCCGGUCAUAAAGAGACGCACUUUCCAGGGUGAACAAGGACAAGCAGGAAUCCAGGGUCCCCCAGGGCCCCCUGGCCCGCCAGGGCCCACUGGACCAGCUGGACCCAAAGGAACCCCAGGACAGCCCGGGCCAGUUGGGCCACCUGGCAGAGUGGGAGAACCUGGGAAGCCUGGCAGAGAUGGAAAGGGUUUACCUGGGCCUCCUGGACCAAAGGGAGACCCUGGGAUUCAGGGAUACCCUGGGAGAAAGGGUGAGAAGGGACGAGCUGGUGACCCUGGGCUUCCUGGGCUCCCUGGCUUGAAGGGAGAGAAGGGAAAUACUGAGAAUGCCCUGGCAGGAGGUAAAGGGGAACCCGGCCCUCCAGGUCUGCCCGGGCCCCCCGGACCAAAAGGAGAAGCUGGUGACGUUGGCCAGCCUGGCACUGCAGGGUCACAGGGGGAAAAGGGAGAACCUGGUUUACCGGGAGACCAGGGACCCAUGGGCCCAAGGGGCCCCAAAGGAGAACCUGGGAAAGAUGACAUGAUGGACUACGAUGGUAACAUCAGUGAAGCUCUCCAGGAAAUACGAACUUUGGCCUUGAUGGGACCCCCAGGACUUCCGGGUGUGGCUGGACCUCCCGGGCCACCAGGACAGAAGGGUGAAAUUGGCUUGCCAGGUCCUCCAGGCCAUGACGGAGAAAAGGGACCACGUGGCAAGCCUGGAGAAAUCGGCCCCCCUGGCCCUCAUGGACUGCCAGGAAAGGAUGGAGCACCUGGAACAAAGGGAGAGCCAGGCCAUAUUGGGGUCACAGGAGAAAAGGGUGAUAAAGGAGAGCCAGGACAAGCUGGCUCACCGGGUCUUGAUGGCCCCACUGGAGAGAAAGGCGAACGAGGUGAUCAAGGCAUGCCAGGACCGUCAGGAUUGCCGGGUCCCAUUGGACUUCCAGGAUUAACAGGAGAGAAGGGCGAGCCUGGGGAGCGUGGAGACAAAGGAAAUCCAGGAGAAUCGCUGUCUGGCCCCCCUGGACCCCAAGGCCCACCAGGACCUCCAGGUCUUCAGGGCCUCCCAGGACCAAAGGGGGAAGCAGGGAUUGAUGGAAUGAAAGGAGAGAAGGGUGCCCAGGGUGAAAAAGGAGACAGAGGGCCACUGGGAUUACCCGGUGCUUCAGGUUUAGACGGCAGGCCUGGACCACCGGGUACUCCAGGACCAAUUGGGGUUUCGGGACCAGCAGGACCAAAAGGAGAAAGGGGCAGUAAAGGAGAUCCUGGAGUUGUAGGACCAAUGGGGCCAGCAGGACUUCCUGGUUUACAAGGUCUACCUGGUGACAAAGGAGUCCGGGGGGAGAGGGGCAAGAAAGGCUCUAGAGGGUCUAAAGGGGAUAAGGGAGACCAAGGAGCGCCUGGAUUAGAUGCACCCUGUCCGUUGGGGGAAGAUGGCCUUCCAGUUCAAGGCUGCUGGAAUAAG